AUGGCCAAGCUAAAUUUCAACCCACUAUGCCACACUCUCUCAAUCAUAUUGACCUUCUCAUCGUUCGUCUUAUUGAUGGCAGUCGUAUUUAACAAUGCACCCCUGGAUCAUGAACACUCCACAUUGGAAGGUCAGAUGAACUCUAGGUUCUGGUUAUUGGUAGUUAAUCAGAGUAUUGAUGCAUCGACGGUCACUUUUGAUCGUCGUACGAACACUGAUAGUAAACGACAAUCCGAUCUCACACAACUAGAUUAUAAUCUGAGAAGAUCGACGAUUGAUGAGCCAGAAGAGACAUCCGUACUUGUGAAUUCAGCGAGAAACGAAGAUGAUGCUGUUCAUGAUCAAAUUGAUAAAAGGGGAGGAGGCUUACAUGCAUAUGGGUUUGGGGUUUGGGGAUGGUGUGAAUGGUCAAAUGCGGACUGGACAGGGAACGCUAAAUGUACGAAAAAAGUAUUUUGGUCAUUGCCUAAAUGUGCGGUACCUUCUUGGGAUAGUAUUGACCAAAUCAUGAGGGGUUUACCAGAAGCGAUUACCAAGGCUACUUCAAUUACAAGUUUCUUCCUACUUUUCGCUCCCUUCCUAGUUCUCUCCUUCCUAAUCCUCCUUCUCUCCACUAUCCGCUUCGAGAAGCCCUAUCCGCCCUGGCCCGUCCCUCCCAAAUCACAAUGGCCAAAAGGCAAAGAUAUGCCUUCGAAACGAACAAGAAUAGCUUGGAUCUUGAGGGACUGGCGCACCCACCUCAUCUACUUUAUAUUGAUGUUGGUCUUUUGUCUACCCACGAUCGUCACUGUGUUAGUUGGGAAAAGCGAGGUGAAUGCGAAUGGAAGGCUCAAAGCUGAUACAGGUUAUGGAUUCAUCUUCUUAUGGGUAGCAUGGGUAUUCCUGAUGUUCUCCCAGGCACUGUGCAUGUUCAAAUAUGGUUUGGUAUAUAAGAGAAAAGAAAGGAGUAAGCAGUCGACUGGAUAA